AGUUAUAGCCUAUCAAAAAAAGACAUAAUUUCAGAUUCUUCCGAAAAGCUCAGUUAUGGGUGGAAGUCUGCCACAGAUUCACAGCAUCUUGGCAUCUCCUGGCGCAACUAUCAUAUUUGCUCCACCGAUGGCACCAACCUUCCCUGUGGGGACGCAAGGAGCUCCUCAGCCCACAUCCAUCAUUCUACCUACACCAACCCAGGGUGUGCCUCAACCCACCCCACUCAUAUUUCCCUUGAAAAAUAAAAAGGUGACAACAUCUGCAAACCUUCAUUCAAGAUUCCCUCCAUUGCUGGCACCGAAGAAUGUCAUGCUGAAACCAGAAUCAGAAAACCAGACUCUGCCAACCAAGUCUGCUAAAGGAAAAAAACUUCAUCUCAAAAAGAGCCAAGUUAAAGAUGGAAAGCUGCAGCAGAAAGCACAGCAGGCUAGAAGCUUCAGUGUACAUGUUAAAAAGUCUGCUUUUCUUGAACACCCUGUGAAAUCAAUUUUGCCCAAAUUUCCUGUAGGAGAUUCGCAAACAUUACUGUUUGUCCCUGCUCCUUUACCAAUACAAAAACCUUCUGUAGUCUCUCCACUUACAGUAUCUUCUAAAACAGCAGUUCUUAACCAAGGGGGUAUUUCAAUUUUUCAGGAGGGGCAAAAAGGCUCGGGGAAAGUAGUCCGCUUAUCCCUGAGUCAGAGUCAGAGAUAUGCUCCCCCAGGAGGGCACAACCCCCAGGUUAAGAACUGCUGUUCUAAAAGUUUUCCUGUGACUGAUGAUGUCAAAAUACCAUUGAUUCACCCCAAAAGAAUUAUGGGAAAGAGUAAACACAAAAAUGUCAUUGCCAAAGAAAACAAUAAAAAAUUGCCACAUCCUGGAUUGAGACAAAAAUCUGAGGCAUCAUGUGGCAUAAAGGUUACAAGUGAAGCCAAGUCUGGUUCACUAGGCCCCCCAAAAAAUAGAUUGAAGAAAAAUGAGAACAAAAUAUCCACACUGUUUCCUGAAAAUGUAUUUAAGAAUUUUCAUACAGAAUUAGAAGUUGAAAGAAUUCAAGGAACAAAAAAUAAACUUUGUGAUAAGUCAAAAGCAGAACCCAAUAAAAAAAUUUCAAUCUUGACUCCACAAGAUCAAACAUCAGUGCCUUCAAAACAUAUGUCUCAACAUGUAGCUCUUCAAUUUUCUCCUGAACAAGGUGUUCCUCAUCAUCCUCCUCCACCAUAUCCACAACAUUCAAAUAGGAAGGAGACUGAUAUAAGCUCAUGCAAUACAGAGUUACCAAUUGGACAAGAAGUUGAGGAAACUGUAAAAGAGAUCCAAUGCCUUAAGACAGUUAGUCAGAAAUUAGUCCAAAUUUCUAAAAAGGGCUGUGAACGAAGAUGUAGAAGGCAAUUAAGUUUUGUCGAGUGUCCUACUUCCAUAUCUGUUGGUAUAACCUCAUCUGAAAAUAAUGUGACAAAUACAUCUUGCUCAAGUAAUUAUGCUAAUGAGUUACAAAUAUCUGUACCAAGUUUAUCAUCCCCAUUAAUUCGAAGUGCCACUUCAAGUGUGCAUCAUUCACAUCCUGAGUACAAUUCUUCCACAUUAAUGGUAUCAAAAUUAGAGGAAACACAAAAAAGUUCUCAGACACAUUUAGUGAUUGUAACUUCUUCCGGUUCCUCCCCGAUUCCACCAACAUAUUCUACAUCAUCUAGUAUGGCCAAAAAUGCCUCAACAGUUUUGAAAUCACUUUCAAAUUCCAAAGAUCCCCCUCUUUAUGUAGCACCUCCAGCUCUUCCUGCAAUGAAUUCACCCACCCUAGAGGAAUCUAUAUUUUCACCUACCUCAUCUAUAAAAUCUCAGAGUUAUUCAUCUUCUGUAUAUUCUCCUGUAUCAUCUGGUCAUCCUUUAGCUGGUGCUUCAUCUAACCGUCUUUCAAAUUCCUCUUCCUCAUCGACUGAUUUUAUGCAUUCUCCAUUAUCUGUUUGUCAGUCACAGUUCUCAUCAUCUUACUCACCUGUGUUAACUAAUGGCCACACAACACAAGCAGAAUCAUCUGUACUCACCCCACCAUUAUUGGAUACUUCUCUCAUUACUUCUAGUAGCCAUUCUUCUUAUCAAAUGUCUAAUUCUCAUCAGCCAAAGUCAACUCAUUAUACUGUGUCUACUGAAACACCUCUCUUUACCCAGAGCUCACAAUCAACCUCCUCUUGUCAACCUCCACAGCCUACACCUCGUAUCUCACCCUCAUACUCCACAUUUUAUAACAGAUCUCAACCAGCCCAAUGUGAUCAAUCCCCACUUUCAUUACUGCAUACUCAUGCAUCUUGCCCAUCCUCUUAUAUUCAUUCUUCACAACUAGACUCAUACUCUUACUCCCAUCAACCAUCCUCUUACGCUCAAUCACCUCAACCAACCACAUACAUAAAAUCUCCUCAACCUACUUCAUACACUCAGUCUCCUCAGCCAUCCUCAUACACUCAGUCCCCACAACCAACUUCAUACACUCAGUCCCCACAACCAACCACGUAUACACAGUCUCCUCAGCCUACUUUACAUACACAGUCUCCUCAACCAUCUUCAUAUGCACAGUCCCAUCAGCUUACCUCUUAUACACAAACUUCCCCUCAACUGACCACAUACACCUUGUCCACCCAACAACCACCAACAUACACACAGUCAUCUCAAAGAACCUGUUAUACACAAUCCCCUCAACCAGCCUCAUAUACAUACACUCAUCAUCCUGCAUCACAUAUACAGUCUCCUCAACCAGCUGUGUUUGCUCAGUUUCGGCAUCCCGAUUCCUACAUCCACUCCGAGCAUCGCUCAAGUUACAGUCAGUCAUCACAGCCUCGUGAGUUUACUGUAGAAACUCAGCAAUGUGCGAAUGAUAAUGAUCCUGAUUCUCCCCAGGCUCUGUCAUUUUCCAGUAGUCAUGUCUCGCCAUACUGUCAGUCCCCACAGCCAGGUUCUUACAGUCAGCCUCCUCACACCACACUAGUCCCAGCCAAUGCAUCACCCACCAACAGUGUAUUCAAAACUAUAUCUAGGUCACCCCAUCUCCCUCAAUAUUCAGAUCCCUGUAUUUCACCAUCAUCCUCACACUAUUUCCCCAGCCCGGUCAACAUCUCAUACAAUAAUGUUUAUGGCUCCCAGCAAACAUUUGAUACUAAUAAUUCACAGUAUUAUGUUACUAAUAAAGGGGUCCCAUUGUUAUCUUCGUCAUAUUCUACUGGUGAAGUGAAUUGCUCUUCUUUAUCAAGAGAAAGAUUAAGUCCCCCAUCAUAUGAGGCACAUUUGCAAAACACUGCAUCAUACAUAACUUCUGGCUCUCACCCUUCAAAUUCUCAUUACAACAUGUCAGUCGUACAUCAACAAACAGUGCCUGAAAAUUAUUCUCUGUCCUGUCAUAGCACAAGAGUAGAACAAGAAGUUUCAACACCAACCUCAGAUCCUAAGAAAAGUGUCAGGUCCCCUCCUGCAUAUCCUUCCUCUCCAGUAUUACUUCCACCCCCAAGAUAUACAUCUAACCUCCAGGUGACUACUGUUUCCCAUCAUUCAAAUCAUGUAGUUGUAUCGGAUAUAAACAAAGGAUCUUAUGUGUAUAGUACAGAGGAAUCAUUACAUUCAUUUUUUCCAAACACUCCACCAUUGCCACCUCCAUCUGCUGCUCCUCCUCCUGUUGAAACUCGAACAGAUCUACCUUUCCUCAACUCUCAAGAUUAUGGUGCAAACCAAAGUCACAGUAUAAGUCAUAAUUCUGCCACGGCAUUAUUUUCAAGUGGCAUUUACCUACCAUUUCAAGAUGCCCAACACAACUGCGAUGACAUAAAGGAAUUCCAAGGAUCACAUAAUAUAACCUGUAAGUCUACUGACCAGGAAUCAUUAUGUAAACAUUAUGACCAGGAAGCAGAUGUUAUUGUGUCUGAUUGGAGGGGUUCCACCAGAGGAGUUGGGAUUCCAUGCAGUGAGAGUUUAAAAGUGCAUAGUAUAAUAGAGCGAGCAGAAGGAGUAUGGUUUAUUCCACACCAAGAACAGAAUCGUGUAUACAUGAAAAGAAAAGAGCUGGCAAAGGAUUUCCUUAAUCAUCCAGAUGUACACUUGAGCAGGGACAUGAUGUUGAAGGAAAAGUUCUGGAUUGAAGAGGAUGAACCAAUUGCUUUUAAUGUAACAGAUGGAACAAAUUCAAAAAGAAAACAAAUCAAGGAUAUGCUGUGUCAGGUGUGUGGGAAAAUGCUGAAAGGCCGUAGCAGUCUCAAGUCUCAUCUGAACAGCCACCACAAAAUCCAGCCUCAUGCUUGCCACUACUGUUCCAAAACUUUCACCAAUCGCAGUGUUCUUGUAGUACAUCUCCGAAUCCAUACUGGAGAGAAGCCAUAUAUUUGUAACAUUUGUGAUACAUCCUUUAGGACACAAUCGGGUCUUACAAGGCAUAAAAGUUUACACACAAAUGUUAGGCCUUAUGAGUGUUCCAUGUGUUCCAAAACUUUUAAAACAAAGCUUGUUUUACAACAGCACUUGAAACUCCAUUUAACAGGAUUAUUUACCUGCUCUGAUUGUGGCAAAACUUUUGAAAGGCAUAAAUCACUAGCAGUUCACAAAGCAUCACACCAUCAUAAAUCUAAAAAAUUUCCUUGCCCACACUGCCAUAAAGGUUACCAGUUCCGCAGCCUUCUUAAUCAUCAUAUGCAGGUUCAUUCUAAUAUCUGUAAACAUGUUUGCUCUGUAUGUAAUAAGCCAUUUGUGUGGCGUAGUGGUUUAGCUGCUCACAUGAAAACACAUUCAGUUUCCCGUCCAAAGUGUGACAUUUGUGGAAUGCGCUUUGCCUCGGAAAAAAGACUAGAUACUCAUUAUCGUCGCCACAGCAACCCACAGCCUCAUCGGUGUGAAGUAUGUGGCCAAAGUUUUUCUCAUGCUUAUCGCCUGGCUUCUCAUUCUCUCAUACAUGAAAAGCCUAAGGAGUAUGCUUGUCCUGAGUGUGGUGUAGUACUUAUUUCGGCAAGGAAGUUAAGGAAACAUCUACUGAGCCAUAGGAAAGAGGAACCAAGGAUUUGCCGACUUUCUGGUACAAUAGAAAUAUUAAAAUCAACAACAUAAUUUAUAGUGAACCCUCGAAAAUUUGGACCCUGUAAAUCUGGAUUUCAGAAGAUUCGGACAAAAAAAUUUUGAGUUCUGGGCUAAGAAGCAUUCCCAAAACAGGGUGAAGGUAGUUUUAGGCUUAAAGUUUUUAUCUUAUAAAAUGUCACAGACUAAUUUUAGCGGAAUAAAACUUGCAUUGCUGGAAUCCUUGUAAGAUAGUGAACAAUUUGAGUAUGGACAUCACAUAGUUUGCACAAGAGAUAAAAUUUUUAGUCCUUUAGUGUAGUAGUACAUUGGGUACAAAGUGAGUACCUUAAUAUGUUGCUCAAAAUUAUGGCUUUUUCACAGGAAAAAGUCUAUAUAACUAACCCCAGUGGUCAGGAUAAUAUGUACUGUAUUUUUGGGUUUUUUUAUAUCAUUAUUUAUCGUUUUUAUACAUUUAGUACAUUCGCCGGAAGAUCUGGAUCUUCGAGGGUUGACUGUGCCGAUAUCUAAAUAUGUGAUACAGGUUCCAUGCUUUCUCAUAUAUAAAUGUACUGAAAUGUAAAACUGUGGUCCAAAACACAGUAUUCCAUCUUAUGUAAAAACUAUUAUACAAUUAUACAGUUGUUUUUACAAAAUCA